AUGAGCAGCAGCGACGGAAUAGACGCGUCUGGAUCGUUUCCCGCCUCAGUUGACACAGAGGACAACAUACGACAAAUGAUUGGAGAGGACAACGAUAGUCCUUCACUCGUCGAACCUGGAAGCGGGCAUCCCGUUACUUCACUUUCCCCUUUGCUGCCAGCAGAAAUCCUACUCCUAAUUUUACAACCAGGAUGGAAGCGGUGCGAGGAUAGAGAAACCUGGAAAGAGAUAGUGAAUGUCCUGCUCAGCUGCACUCUUGUAUCAAGAGCCUGGUACGAGGCUGCAAGAGCAGUUCUGUACCAGGAUAUCCGACUUUCCCAAGUCAACUCCCUUCGCCUAUUUCUUUCCACCGUGCGCGAGAGGUUCGGCGGUCAUUGUUCUGCUCGCAGCCUGCAGUUCAUGUAUUGUUCGCCGCAUCGGCGUAACAAAAAGCAGCCAAAGGAGUAUGCGACACUUGCUGGAGAGAUUGUUGCGUGCUGCCCGGAACUCAGGUACCUUGCAGGAGAAUGUGGCUCCCUGUGCUUCACCAACAACAUGUCCCUCCCCGAGUACCCAUAUUUGAGGGAACUCAAAGUAUCUGGGCAGAACCUCCACCUCCUUGCCCCUCUUCUAUCGCGUUUAUGCAAUCUCAAGUCAUUUGAGAUGCUUCAGAGUCACAAUGGCGACGAUCUCCUCGAGCACUUUUCGCCGCCUCGCUUCAAGCUUUCGACUUUAUCGAUAUCUCAAACAGAGUUGUCUCCUGGCCUGUGUAAAUGGCUUGAAUCCAGUUCACAGAGCAUAGAGUGCUUGGAGGUGCAGGAAAUAGGCGUGAGCCUGAGUCACUUGGCCAAGGUCAUCGGAGGUUUUGUGAAGAAAGUCCACGUCAAAAUCGUGGUUGAUUCCAUAGCGGACAGUGACUCGGAGACUAUCUCAGCGCUAUUUGGGUUCGCGGGCUUGCGGAGACUUCGCGUCGACGGAUCGAAAAUCAACAAAGAGCGUUUGCUCGAUCUACGAUUAUCAUUGGAGACAUUCACGUUCUCUGAGGACAUAUUGAGCAUGCGUACUGUGCUGGCGCUGCUACAUGUGAAUUGGCAACCCUCCUUACAAUCGCUGAACGUUUAUCGUAUGCCAAUGAGCAUCUACUUCUCCGAGCAGUGGAUCGCUACGGCUGCGGAAUAUAGGGAUGUGCUACACAGCGUAUGCGCUGCUCGCGGUAUCCAGUUGAACUGGCUGUCACCAGAAGAUUGAUACCGGUAAGUGUGUC